AUGUUGCUGGCUUGGCACUCAACGCGCAAUCAAGGGUGGAAUUAAUGCAAAAGUUGGCUCGUGAUACUGACUUAAUUGCACCUACUGCCACCCCUGUUUUGACAGAACCACCAAAGCCCAUCCAGCCAAGGGUGAAUCCAACCCGUUGUGUAUUAUUGAAAAACAUGUUUAAUCCGGAAGAUGAAACCGAAUCAAAUUGGGCCGAAGAACUUGAAGAUGAUGUGAAGACCGAGUGUGAAAAAUUCGGUACAUUAGUUCACAUCAGUGUCGACAAGGAAUCUGAAGGAGAUAUUUACAUGAAAUUUGAUAGCGUGCCUGCCGCUCAAAACGCUGUGAACGGCCUCAAUGGUCGAUGGUUCGGCGGAAAUCAAAUCUCGGCAGUUUUUAUUCUCGACAUGUUUUACAACGUUUUUACAUUGGAAGCAGAGGACGACUUGCCAUCAAAUGAAGGAAGUCCUUGCAUUCUGGUGCGCCCGUUGAGAUACCGUCGCAAGAUCUUUGAAUUCAGCUGGCGAUUUCAAAUGCCUGAGGUUGGAGAUGCGACGAUUGAAUCAAGCGAGUUUAGCAGCCAUGCGUCUGCGGAUUCGCCUCAGUCAGAUACCAAAAUCCAGACGUUUUCAGGAGACCUAGAUAAAGUGAUUACUGAUGAAUUGGUUACACGUACAGAUCGCUGUUUUAUACAGACAAAGAAGAUAAUUCGGUACACCAAAGAAGAAUUAUUGGCUCUGAGCAAAAGUCCACUGGUAAAAAUGCCGGACGCUUUGCCACCAACAAUUGUUUGGUUUGGUCACAACCUCGGCGAGAGACUAAGUAAAUUCAAAGACGAGUCUAAUACAUUGGGAAUUCCGGAAAGUCCCUUGUUAGAAAUAUCUAAAAGCCCCAACGGAUCAGAGCCAGCUUCUCCAAGGCCAUCAG